AUGAAUAAAAAAUAUACUUCUUCUAACUUAAACCCAAAAAUUCUUGAUGAUAGAGAUGAUAUAAAUUUUGGAACGUCCUUCAUUGAUAUUAUUAUGAAUUAAAGUACUUUUAAUCAUUUAACUUCAUUCGUUGAUACAGGAUCACUAAUUAAUUUUCAACUUAGUUCUAAAGUAUUUAAAAUUAGAAGAUGGAAAAAGUAUUUUAAGAAUGUAAUUUUUCAAAGACUACUUUAACCAUUAGAUCAUAAAUUAAUAUCAUAAUUUAUAAUUGAUUAGAAAUGCUCAUAAUUUAUGUAUUGGGAUUCUGUCAUUGAUUUUAAACGAUUAAAUCUAUAAUACUCUCAUUAAUAUAAAUAUUAUUCUUGUUAAUAAUCAAAUGAAGCAACAAAUAUAUAGAAGGAUAUUGAUAGAACAUUUUCAUAACAUCAAUAUUUUAAAUAAAUUCAUAAUAGAUAAAGAUUAUAAAGAAUAUUAAUUGCAUUAUCUAAAAUAUAUGAAGAAUUAGGAUAUAUUCAAGGAUUGAAUUAAAUAGCAGGCUGCUUUUUAAUAAGUGGUUUAAGUGAGUAAUAAGCAUUUUGGAUAAUGUAUUAUAUUUUAAAAAAGAUGAAAUAUGCAACAAUAUUUCUUGAUUAAUUUAGUUAAUUAAAAUUCUUGAAUUUUGUAGUUGCAGUAUUUUUAAGAAAUUAUGUUCCAAAUCUAUCUGCAUAAUUUGUAAAUAUAUAUAUAUUUAAUAAUUAAGUUAUUAAACAAAAUAGAUAUAGGGAUUAUUACAACUAGAUGGUUUCUUGUAAUCUUUGGUUACGAUUUGCCUCAAUAAUUAGUAUAAAUUUAUGAUUUAAAUAGUUAUUGUAAGUUUGGAAUUUGUUUUUGUAGAAAGGCAUUAAGGUUUUAAUAAAAAUUUCAAUUUNCAGAAUAAUAUUAAAUAAUCUAAUUAAUUUUGAUAAAUUUUUUCAUAUUCAUUAUUUUUAGUUUAUGAUGCUUUAAAUUUUUAUUUAGUAACAUGUAUUAUUCUAUUUAAGUUUAUCUUGA